AUGAUGCACCCGUCGCGCCAGGCGUAUGUGGAGGAGAUGGACGAAGACCGGGGGAUAGCUCUCGAGGAUGUUCCCCUCGAUCACGAUUACGAGAUCCCUUCCGCCUCCGCUGGUGUCGCGCCAGAAAAGGCGUCUGCCGUCAUGGCUCAGUUUGAGCGCAAGCGAUUGGCAGCCAGUAUCGCUGUCCCGACCGACGAUGGACGAGUACGCGCCAAAUUGCGGGAGCUAGGAGAACCUGUCACCCUGUUUGGCGAAGGUCCCGCCGAACGGAGAGAUCGAUUGCGACAGCUUCUUGCUAUUCAGAAGGAGCUUGCUGGCUUGGAGGACGGCGAUGUCGCCAUGGAGGAUGCAGGCGACCAGGAAGACGAGGAGCAAGAAGAAGAGUUCUAUUCGCGCGGUGGACCAGACCUAUUGAAGGCUCGCGUCGACAUUGCGAAAUUUUCUCUCCCCCGUGCGAAACGACGCGCCAAAUUUCAGAAGGCGGAGGCGACAAUACCGCUCCGAACACACGUCAAGUUCCGCAAAGAGAUCAAGGAGAAGCUCGAUGCCUUUGAGCUUCAGGGAAGUCAGACAGCAGGCGACCGUCAUGUGAGCAUGACAAGGCUAUCACCCAAUGGCGAGAUAGCGGCUGUUGGUAACUGGGGCGGAGCCGUGAAGCUUCUCGAGAUCCCAUCACUUACAGAGAAGAUGAAUUUGAGAGGACACACCAACAAGAUCAGCGGUCUGUCCUGGUACCCUGGGUCUACGUUGCCGGAAUGCAACGUCUCCCCAGACUCGGUCAAUCUUGCUUCAGGCGGUGCUGAGGGUACUAUCAACCUCUGGUCCCUCAACCAAGACACCCCUCUCUCCACUCUCCAAGGCCACAGCGCACGGGUGUGCCGUGUUGAAUUUCACCCGUCUGGAAAGUAUUUGGCAUCUGCCUCCGAAGACACGACGUGGCGGCUUUGGGACAUCGAGACCACGGCUGAGGUGUUACUGCAAGAAGGACAUUCCCGAGGCGUCUACGCCGUGAGCUUCAACUCGGACGGAUCACUGCUCGCUAGUGCUGGUCUUGACAGCAUCGGCCGCAUUUGGGAUCUCCGGUCAGGCAGGACUGUGAUGAUUUUAGACGAACACAUCAAGCCAAUUCAUGCUCUGGACUGGGGUGCCGACGGCCACAGAGUUCUUACGGGCUCAGCAGACGGUUGGAUCAAGUGCUGGGAUGUAAGAAAGGUCCAGAGGACCGGCGGCCUCGGUGCGCAUACUAGUGCAGUGUCCGAUCUGAGAUGGUUCAAGGGGCUUGACGAUCCUGUGGACGGUGCUCCGCCGGGAGUCGAUGAGAAGGGUGCUCAGCUGCCGAAGAAGUCCGGGACCUUCUUGGUUUCCAGUGGCUUCGACGCAAAAGUCAAGGUUUUCUCUGCCGAUAACUGGGGUCUCAUUCAAACGUUGAGCGGUCAUACGGGACCUGUAGCGAGUGUUGAUGUGAGUAGAGAUGGCAAGUGGAUUGUCAGUGGAGGGCAUGACCGGACUGUCAAGCUCUGGGGUCGUAACGAUAUGGAAGGUCUUUAAGGUCAGGGCGGACAAGGGCUCGAACGUUGGGAGCUACUGAGACCAGAUUUGAUACCCAAUAGAAGCAACGUGGACAUGGACACAUU